AUGGAUGUUAAGGAUGUGGAUUUUUUCAUGUGUGUCAAUAAUCUGAAAUGUGUACCGGUCUUAGAUCUGUAUUCCAGAGAAUGGUUUGAAUGCCACAAGAACAUAGUGUCAAUCAACAUGUAUCUGCACAACAAUAGUGACAUGAUUGAUAUACUAGGAGAUGAACGCAUGGACGCCCUUGUGGGGAAGACUGAAACAUUGAUUAGGGAACUAAUUACAACUUACUUCGUUAGAUUUCUAAACUCGGAAGAAAUAACAAAAAUUAAUAAAGACAGAGAAAUGUUGCAGGGAAUAGAGAAAGAAUUUAAGAGUGACAAUGAAAAUGCAAAAAAAUCGGAUGAUACAAGUGCUCAAAGCCGCAUUUAUAAUUACAUAUCGCUGUACCACGAAUUGACCAUUUUAAACAUCUUCGAGUUUGUUUUAUUUUCUGAUUAUAUAUAUGAAAAAAUAGACACCCAUAUGAUCAACAUAUUUGCUUAUAUUUAUUCCAAUUUAGUAUCCUUCCUUAAAACCAACUCGAAUGAUUAUUUUGUUAAGCCCAUGAAUGAGAUGUCCAUAAGUGAGAUGCUUAAAGAAGAACAAGACAAAACACAAAACAUUGACAGAUUAAAAAUAUACAUCAAUGUUAUCAACACCUUGAGAAAUAUAACUGACAGAAUUCAUCUUCUAAACAAUACAAUAGUCAAUAAGAUAGUGGACUAUGACAUUUUGUUAAUUCUAAUUCCGCUCCUGGAGAAAAAACCAUGGGUCCACGAAAAUUAUGUAUUUGAAAAUAAUGAAUGGAUAAAACGUGAAGACAGUACCUUACCUAUGACUGAAAAGCAGCUGUGGUUAAUAUUGUAUACCCUGAUACUAAACAGGACAUGCCAAGAAAAAUAUGAAUUGACUAACUAUAGGAGAAAUAACAUUUUGAAACUCAGAAAACACAUGAACGAACACUUGCACGAGCAGUUACCACCCAUGAAAACAUUACACACAUUUAUUGAACAUUUGUAUAUAUCCAAAAGUAUUUUUCCAGAAAAUAAAAACUCCUGUCUGAUUAUCGACGUGGUACCUGAAAUUUUUGAAGAGGUAAAGACAGACAUGUUAAAGAAUAAAAGGAAGAUCAUUUCUACGCUCAACAGCCUUACAAUUGAAAAGGACAUUUUAGGAAGCAUAUCGGACAUGUAUCUCUCUGUAUAUGAAUUUAGUCAACAGAGUGGAAAAGAAAGCAAGUGUGGAGCUAAAGCUAAGGGUGAAAAAAGCGAGAUUUCUAAAAAGAGUGAAACAGCAGAACAGUCAAAGGACGAAUGUUACAUUUGUGACAACUGCAAAGAAAAUGCUGAAUUACAAUGUUCUCAAUGCAAACGGGCUUACUACUGCUCGAAGGAGUGUCAGAUGAAAGACUGGUUCAAUCACAGAGAGGUGUGCUCAAAUGUAACUUGA